AUGGAUGAUGGACUUUCGAUAGGAAGCGAAGGAUAUUUUCUAAAUAUAAAAUGCCACGAAAGACCUAUAACGGAUGUCAAGUUCAAUUACGAUGGAGACUUAAUAUUUACCUCUGGGAAAGAUUCCAUAGCCACACUUCUCCGCUCUGAUGGAUCUGUGGUAGGAGAGUACAAAGGACAUCGAGGAUCAAUCUUUUCUAUUGCUGUGGAUAACAAAAGCACUUCCUUAGUGACAGGAAGCGCCGACCAGUCCAUUAUUUUGUGGGAUGUUUCCACCGGAAAAAUGAAGGCACAAACCGAUGUCGGCGUUGUAGUUAAAGGCUUGGAUUUUUACAAGGACGGGACGUUGUGUCUGGGAUGUAGUGACGAUUCCAUGGGAAAGACCCCCUCCAUCGGGAUUCUUGAUACAAGAAACAAAAGCUUUGAGAAGAUUUUUGUUCCCACCUCAUCUCCUAUAAAGAUUUUAAUGGACAUCUCAGAAAACUUUUUGGUAUAUUGCGAUUCAAGAGGAGGAGUUAGCUCUGUGGACCUUCGAAACUCUCAGGUUAUCAAGAGUGCAAAGAUACACACAUCCAAGAUAAAUAAUAUUAGGCCAAGCAGGUGUAGAACUUUCUUCAUUACAGGUUCUAUGGAUUCACAGGCAAAGAUCAUUGAUUUUCUUGAUCUGUCAGUUCAAAAGACAUUUGUAUGUGAAGAACCAGUGAAUUGUGCAGCCAUAUUCAACACUAACGACAAAGUUAUCUGUGUUGGAGGAAUUAAUGCAAGGGAUGUAACUACAACCAAAGGAAAGUCUUCUUUUGACGCAAACUUCUUUGAUGUAGUAACAUGUGAAAAAAUUGGGUCUUAUAGCACACAUUUUGGAACAAUAAAUUCUGUAGAUGUCCAUCCCUCUGGAAAGCUUUACUGCUCCGGAGGAGAGGAAGGGACUAUUACCAUUCUAGCAUUUGGCCAAGAUUUCUUUCAGGCCAACUUUACCAAUUUCAAUUAA